AUGUUUGAAAUAAUCACGUAUUUUUAUUGUUUAAUUCUACUGAUCGGUCUAUCAAGUUCGAAAAUAUGCCCCACAGCGACAUGGUCGAAAGACGGAAUUACAGUUGCGGGUGGAAAAGAUUAUGGGCGUAACCUUGACCAAUUAGCUCAUCCUUUUGGAAUAUUUCUCGAUGAUAAUGAUACAAUUUAUAUUGCAGAUCAUGACAAUGAUCGAAUCGUUAAAUGGGAACAAAAUGCUACAAUCGGUCAAUGGGUUGUAGGUGUAAAAGAUGAUCAAGAUGGUAGUCAUGAAUUUUCAUUAUUUAUGCCAGAUGAUAUCGUUGUUGAUAAAAUUGGUACAGUUUAUAUAAGUGAUGGUGGACAUUAUCGAGUUGUUCGUUGGCAUCCAAACAAAGAUGAAAGUGAAGUUCUUGUUGAUAAUAUUCAAGCUACUGGGAUUGGACAGGAUAAUCAAGGAUUUAUUUAUAUAUCAGAAUAUGCUGAUGGAACGACAACAAAAUGGAAUUUUAAUGAUGAUGAAUUUAGUGGGGAAAUUGUUGCGUCAAAAUUACGUCAAUCAUAUUUAAUAUUCAUCGAUCAGAAACGAACAAUUUAUUCGACAGGAUAUUUAACUCAUCGAAUUGUUAAAAUCGUUGAAGGAGAAGACGAACCAAGUCUUGUUGCUGGACAAUCAGAUAGGUCAGGCGAUGAUUUUGAUGAAUUAGAUGAACCAUCAGGUGUCUAUGUUGAUGAACAAGAAACAGUUUAUAUUGCCGAUCAAGGAAAUAAUCGAAUUAUGCGUUGGUUAAAAGAUGCAACAAAUGGAACGUUAAUUGCUGGUGGAAAUGGUCGUGGUUCUGCAUCGAAUCAAUUCGAUAAACCUACGGAUGUAUUUCUUGAUCGACAAGGAAAUUUAUAUGUUACUGAUAUGAUAAAUAAUCGUGUGCAAAAAUUUCUCAUUGAUAAAAGUUCUUGUCAAUAA